AUGGUAAUUGCUUAUCCUUGCAUCUUCAGUUCGGUCGCUGACUUGUCUUCCUCCAGCGCAAUUAUCUAUGGUGUGUAUCUACACCUGAGCAUACCAAAAGCCCUUAUCACUGCACGCACUGCACUUAGUCGCCCGGUACACACCGAGUCUGGAGCGCACAUAGAAUACAGAGUCCAACGCCCUAACGGGCGCCAGUGGGUUCGUGUUCCGGCCCUCGUUGAAGGGAGUGCAUACAGCGUCGAGUGGCAAGCAGUUGAAACACACCAAGGACUCUUGUGGGUUCCUCUAGCUGGUUGGGGAGCGGUUUAUCAAAUACCUCCCACUACAGCACGGCCAAUACCAGUCGAACAAGACCACGGAGUCGGCGUAGCCAUCGAUGUGCUCAGCGGCGAAGACGAGGCACAGGGGGACAUAGAUCAAACGCUCCUCUCAGAGCGUGACCAGAAUCCUCAUCGCCUCGCGGAUUCACUAAUAUUUACAACUCAGCCGUGGGCUAACGAGGCUCUACCCGACACCAACCCUUUGGCACUGCGCGCGGAACUCGAGGACGCCAGGCGAGGCCAGUCUCCUGGGGCGGAUUCAACAGAUUCAAGCAUAACUUCCCUGCCUUCUUCUCCGCAAUAG